AUGGACAAGCUCAGCACCGCCGAAAACGAAUCACGCAUGCAGCGAGGAGAGCUCUAUUACGCCUUUACGCCCUCUUUAGUAGCUACACGGAAGAAGCAGCAGCACGCAUGUCGUAAAUACAUCGAAGCCUACAACAACGAGUCCUCUUCAAGACGAUUGCUUGUGGAGCUUUGGAAAAAUGUAACAAACGACGACACUCCCCUUCCAGCUCCCGGAGCAAGUGCGGAGGAAGAUGAUGUUAUAUUGAAAGAUGAACCAUGGGUAGACGCGCCGAUUAAAAUAGACUACGGGUUCAACGUAAUACUCGGCAAGGGCGCGUACAUCAACUCAAACUGCACAUUCAUCGACACCCUCCCCAUCACCAUAGGAGCCCGAACUCUCGUCGGACCAAACUGCUCCUUCUUCUCCGGCUCCCACCCCCUCGACCCCACGCUUCGCAACGGUCUCUCCGGCCCCGAAUCCGGGGCCGCCAUCAGCAUCGGCGAGGACUGCUGGCUUGGCGGGAACGCGAUUGUGUUGCCGGGCGUAACUAUUGGGCGCGGUGUGACGGUUGGCGCCGGGAGCGUGGUUACGAAAGAUGUGCCUGAAUUCCAUGUCGUGGUUGGGAAUCCUGCGCGUGUUAUUAGGAAGAUUGAGGUUAAAGAGGUGGAUCUGAACUUGGGGAAAGCUGGUGAUAGCUAA